UACCUUUAACAUCGCACUUUUGGGUACAGUAGCAGUAUAUAUACAACAAGAGCCCUCGCGGAUCGGGGGAGUGAAUUAAAAUCCGGUCGAGAGUGGAGAUCGUGAAGAAGAAGAAGAAGAAGAAGAAGGAUGAAGAUUUUUGUUAAGACUUUGAAAGGCAGCACUUUUGACAUCGAAGUUAAACCUGGAGACACGGUUGCUGAUGUCAAAAGGAACAUAGAAACAGCUCAAGGGGCAUCUGUUUAUCCUGCUGAACAGCAAAUGCUUAUCUAUCAGGGGAAAGUUCUUAAAGAUGACACCACGUUAGGUGAAAAUAAAGUUGCUGAAAAUAGUUUUGUUGUUAUCAUGUUAUCGAAGGCUAAGAGCUCAUCUGGUGAGGGCUCAACUACAUCAGCUGCUCCUACCCCUAAGGCACCCACAACAAGUGCCCCAAUGUCAACAGCACCUCCAGCUUCCACAGUGACUUCUGCACUGCCAACAUCUGUUCCUUCCCCUGCUCCAGCUCCAGCUCCAGCUCCAGCUCCAGCUCCAGCUCCAGCUCCAGCUCCGGUUUCUUCAGUUAUUGCUGAAUCAGAGUCUGGUGUAUAUGGCCAAGCAGCAUCUAAUCUUGUUGCGGGAAAUAACUUGGAGGGAGCAGUCCAGCAAAUUCUUGAUAUGGGUGGAGGUUCCUGGGAUAGAGAUACUGUUGUUCGUGCUCUUCGUGCUGCUUACAAUAAUCCAGAGAGAGCCGUUGAAUAUUUAUAUACUGGCAUCCCAGAACAAGCAGAAGCCCCACCUGUGGCUGAAGUCCCUGUAAGCGAGCAAGCUCCUGCAGCCCAGCCUCGGCAGCAGCCAGCACAACCAACUACAGUUCCUGCUGGUGGACCAAAUGCAAAUCCUUUAGAUCUCUUCCCCCAGGGCCUUCCCAACAUUGGUUCAGGGGCUGCUGAAGCAGGAACUCUUGAUUUUUUGAGGAACAGUCAACAGUUCCAAGCCUUGCGAGCUAUGGUGCAGGCUAACCCACAGAUACUGCAGCCUAUGCUCCAAGAACUGGGAAAACAAAAUCCUCACUUAAUGAGGCUCAUUCAAGAGCACCAGGAUGACUUUCUCCGCCUGAUCAAUGAACCUGUUGAAGGUGGAGAGGGGAAUGUAUCGGGGCCGCUUGCCGCAGCAAUGCCACAAUCAGUAACAGUCACACCUGAGGAGCGCGAAGCAAUAGAACGUCUUGGAGCUAUGGGUUUUGAUCCUGCACUUGUUUUGGAGGUGUAUUUUGCCUGCAACAAGAAUGAGGAGCUGGCAGCCAACUACCUCUUAGAUCACAUACACGAGUUUGAGGAUUGAAUUUGGUGGAAAUGUAGCCAAUCCUUCCGUCCCCUUGAUAAAUUUACUUAAUAUUUUUUCCCGUUUUCUACAUUCCCCCAACUGCAUUGCAGUAUCAAGUUUGGGGUUUGGAGUAAUAUGAUGUGAAGUUUCUGGAAAGGGGAGACGUGUCAACUCCCUAUCCCGCUCUCUCCUUGAUUAGGUCUCUUAUAUUUUUAUAUAAAUGGUCAUCUUGUUAAAUUUGACUUUUCUAUGUAAAUUUUAUGAUCUUUGUCUGGA